AUGACCUCCGUCCUUCCUAAGCCGAUACCUGCUCUGUACACUGUCUAUGUGCUUCGCUCGACCGUCCGCCAUGCAUCGCUCUACAUCGGCUCAACGCCAAACCCACCGCGGCGUCUGAAGCAACACAAUGGUGAGGCCAAGGGUGGUGCUGCCCGUACGAGUCGAGACAAGUUGAGACCAUGGGAAAUGAUUGCAAUCGUCUCUGGAUUCCCCAGUUCCACCGCGGCACUGAAGUUUGAAUGGGCCUUGACAAAUCCGCACCUGUCACUCCACAUACCCGAUGAAUCUCGCAUGGUUGUAUCUUCCCAGAAGAAGAGGAAUGGCCGGCCUCGCCGGCCACCUCACAACCUGAAAUCGAUCUUCUCCAACGUCUUCAUCCUUACCAGCGUGCCGAGCUUCUUACGAUGGCCGCUCAAUAUACACUUCUUCUCACGUGAUGCCAAAAAUGCUUGGGACAAUUGGCUCCGCCAUUCGAACAAAGAGGUCAGAAGCGGCCUGCGGAUUUUUGAAGAUUACAGCACUGGCGAGGAUGGCACAAUACGCGGUGUGGAUGCCUUGCCCUUGGACUACGCUGCCCUGAAGCCACACGCGUCGAAGGCACAAGAGGUGGUGAACUUUGAGCGUCACGGGGACUGUGUGCACUGUGACGAGCCGUUGGCGCCAGAUAAGGGGCUGUUACCAAUCUGCCCUAACGAGAACUGCGAGGCGAUGGGCCAUCUGGAUUGCUGGGGGAAAAAUGCCAAGGAGGUCGCUGCAGAUGGAAACGUCCUGCCAUCCUCGUGCACUUGCCCCUCGUGUGGUGGGGAAAUACGAUGGAUUGAUCUGGUCAAAGAGCUCAGCUUGAGGCUCAGAGGACCCAAGGACGUCGAAAAGCUCCUCGAAACAAAGAAGCGUAGGAAGAAAGCAGUACCUGUGGUAGAUGAACUUGAAUGA